AUGCUGAGUUCACGGUUCUGCGUCCGCACCGUAUCCGGCGUGGGCUCCGCCGCCGCCGAUCAUACCAAUGCCGCCGCAACCACCGCCCGCUCCGCUCCGAACUCCGUCGCCGUCGAUUUCUCGCCGCUCUACCUCCGCCCGCUCAGGUCCCGCCGCUUACGCUGCCGCAGAUCCAUCCUCAUUUCCUGCAAUUCCUCUCGCCGCAAAUCCAGCUCUGACGAUUCUCUCGGCAACGAUUAUCUCGAAGCCUCUCUUCUUCUCUCAGAAACGUUCUCGCACUAUCAUAUGUGGAAGCAAAGGUUUCAAGCGGAGUUUCAGUGGAAAUCGUCUGCAUCGCCAAUUCCCUUGUCCAGAACGGAUAGUAGUUUAUUGAGACAUGGCUUUCUACAGCGUUUCCAGAACCCUACGAUUUUUCUCAGGAUUUCUUGUGAUGGAGACUAUAUUCUGCCCAUAGUUGUAGGACAGAUUGCUAUCGAGAAACUUAUGGAUGCGGAAUUUGAACGAGAAAGUGAGGAUUGUCCUGACCAGUUCCAGUUUAUGAAAAAUCUUGUUGGAAGACUAGAUCAUGAAGUGAUAAUGGUGAGAAUUACAGAGAGAGUGGUCAGCACUUACUUUGCCAGAUUGUACCUUAGCCAGCCAGGGAAAAGUGAUCUUAUCAGUGUGGAUGCACGUCCCUCAGAUGCCAUUAAUGUUGCAAAUAGAUGCAAGGCUCCAAUAUAUGUAAGUAAACAAAUUGUUUUCACAGAUGCUAUCCGAAUUGGUUAUGGGAUGGGCAGAGUGCGUAAUAAAAAGGCUAUUUAUGAUGUAUUGCUUGACAGCCCUGUAGAUGGUCCAGAUUUUGUAGCUCAAGAACUAAGUAUGAUGCAUAAUAUGCAUAUGGCUAUCAAACAGGAAAGGUUUAAAGAUGCAGCCAUUUGGAGAGACAAACUUGCAAAUCUUCGUAAAUCAGCCCAUGAACACUAA